AUGACCUGCAAGGACUGCAAUGUGGGGAUCACUGCUAGAGAUUGUGAGCUCGAUCUUGCCGAGGCAGACUUGCUGGGCGAUCAGAAGCGGGGCGUCGGGAUGACUCUUGUGUCCUCCCACCUCCGAGCCCGAGAUGUUCGUGCAGUGAACUUGGCCGCUGGGAUGGUGCUCAGAGACUCGGACGUGGACAUGGAGGACGCCUUCCUAUCCGACAAUGCACUGGGCAUCGUGGCCGCGAACGUCACAGGCAGCGUCCGCGGCCUCGCCUACUUCAACGAUGCUGCGGACAACUUCUGCAAGACGGGGAGCUGCCCCAAAGUAGAGCACCGAGACUUCUUCAUGAGCUACAACUACCAGGCCUUUGGGGCUGCCUGCCUGGCUGGGUGCCUCGUGUCCACGCUCUCCGCGGUGCAGCUCCUGAAGCUGCUCUACACCGACUUGGGCCUCUCCCGAUACACGGCGCUCUGGGCGCUUGGCUGCGGCUUCUGGCCGCUGGCCGUGGUGGCCUCCGUGAAGGUGCCUGCUGUUUAG